AUGAGAAGAAACAAACCUUACAGUGAAGAUUUCUUCAGCAGCGCUUCAAGCUUCGCCAGGUACGUCGACGGAGUCUUGUCCUCUCGCCCCGAUGGCAGUAACGUCGAUGAGAUAUACUUCUUUCACUUGGGAUUUGCCCUGGACAAAGAGCUGUUCCACAGGGUCAUGAAUUUUGCUGCGUCUUGCAAUUGUCAAGAGCUAAUAGUUAGUGUGCGCUAUGGCGAAAUUCUGGAGCCACAUUUGUUUGUCCCUCUAGCUGAUAGCAACCUCAGAACACUACGGUUCAGAUGCGCAACUUUGGAAACGGGAUUCGGAUCUUCUGCGUUCAGCGAGCUGAGGGUUUUGGAUUUGGAUGAGUGCUGGCUGCCUUGUGGCAGCACGGCUGACCUUGAUCCUUUCGCUAACUUUCCCUGCUUGGAGAAUUUGACAUUGUGUGGGUGUGCAAUGGAAGAUCGUCGAUGUUGCUUCAAGAUCUCCGGACCCCGACUGGUUAAACUCCUGAUAUAUGAACUUUGUUGUUCUAAGUUGGAAAUAUUUGCGCCAGAGCUUAAACUCUUCAAUAUCAUUGAUAACGCGAAAUCCCCAAUAUUGUACAAGUUAACCCUUCCUUCCCUCGAUCAUGCUAUUAUCUCGGUGCAUAAUAACAGCCGUGUUGAAAAGAACAAGGAAGAAAUGAAGGCUAGUUGCAUCAGCUUGUUACAGGGUCUGCACAAUGCGAGUUCUUUGAAUGUCCAUUCUAAAUUUCUCCAGGAAGUCUUGGGUGUGCAAUAUGCAAGUGGAACUCCGGAGAACUGAGCUAACUGCGAUCUGAGGGAUUGUACUGCCCUUGUUGUUACAUAUGUCACCUAGCUGAAGAUCCUUUUGAACUCGAGUAGUCCCAGGUUUAGCUAUUUUCGGAUGUCUUUCAUGGUAGUACACAAUAGUACUCGCCAAUAGUCGCCCAAUUAGGACGUACUAUUGAGCAUCUGAUCCAAUGCACCAGCAGUAACCUAAUUUUCGUUUAUCAGUCGCAGUUCUCACCUUUGAAAAUAUCACAGUUCUGUGUGCAUGUAAUGAUUAUGGCUAUUGCAGCUGAUUGAAUGACAUGCUCGUCAUGACCGCCUUGCUCCGCGUCGUUGAUGCUGGCCGUGAUUGAAUCAAUGUUGGAGAUCUUAUGCUCUUGUAAUAAGGUUACGUUUCGUUUCUUCUAGAUCCGAUGCUUGUGCGGAUUGAGCUGUGGAGUCUUCACAGAGAGAGAGGACACUGAACUCUAAACAGUUCAUAAUCUACCACUAUUGGUAAUUUGGUAUUGGUUGGACUUAGACCCAUAGGCCUUGGCCCAAAGACGAAUAAAACAAACUAGUUGGAAAU